AUGGAGUGCAUGAAAGACCGCUUUCAGAAAGGCCAGAUCCUCGAUGGACGCUUCCGUACCUUGGCUCCAUUGAAUCAUGGCUCCUUUGGGAUGGUCUUCCUCGCUGAGGAUUUGACUACCGGACAAGAGGUGGCCAUCAAAUGUCUCACCAAGCCUGGCGUUCCCGGUGCAACCUCUGUUACCACGGACGAAGGUCUUGAGGAGCUCGCUUGCCACGCCAUCCUCAAGCACCAUCCCCACCUAGUCAACCUAAUUCAUCACUUCGAGACCCCGUCUCACAGCUACCUCGUUCUCGAGUACUGCCCUCAAGGUGAUCUCUACGAAGCCAUUCGUCUUGGUCAUGGCCCUCUGCAAACCGAACAUGUUCGACGCUUCAUCCUGCAGCUUAUCGACGGCGUGGAGCACAUGCACAACAACGGCCUCUACCACCGUGACAUCAAGCCGGAGAAUAUCUUCCUGAUGCAGGAUGGCUCCGCGAAACUUGGAGACUUCGGACUGGCAACCAAGAGCCAGUGGUCUUACGAGUCCUGUGUUGGCAGUGACCGCUACAUGGCACCCGAGCAGUACGAUCCUGCGGGUGUCGGCUAUUGUCCAGCCUAUGCCGACGUGUGGUCGAUUGGCAUCUGCUUGCUCAAUGUCCUGUUCUCUCGCAAUCCCUUCUUGACGCCAACCGACUCUGAUGUGCUGUUUGCCGACUAUCGACGGGACAGACAGUCCCUCUUCGACAUCUUUCCGUCGAUGUCUCAAGACACCUUUGAGGUGCUCAACAUUGCCAUGGCUAUUGAUCCUCAGAAGCGUGAUAUCAAGCUUGUUCGUCAAGCUGUUCAACGUGUUCUGAGCUUUACCACCGAUGAUGACAGCUUGGAUGAAUUCUGCACCGAAGGCCGCGAUACAAUUCGUGCAAGCAAGAACCGAGAACCUCUACGAACGCCCUCGGUGCAGUCUCCUCAUCUCGAGGCCGGCGGUGCAUUCCCCUGGACCAAGGCUCUCAACGCCACUCCUCAACGCAACCUGUCGGUCAUUCCCGAUGCGUACGAGGAAGAUCUGUUCGAGAACGAGUCGCUUCCGAAGCUCGGCGAGUCAUGGUUUUCUGUUCAUGCCACGACACCUUCCAUGGCUUCAGUUCUCGACUCUGCAUAUGGCUCGUUGUCAAAGCCUAUGGGUAUCCGCCUGCCGACCCGCAACCCUCCUCGACCUGACCCUGUCACCGUCCCAAGCUCAUUGCCUAUCCGUGCAUCACGUCCAAUCCCGACAAUGUCGUCCGUCUUCGGUAAGAAGGACGCCGUGGCUAAAAGCUGGAGUGACAUGUUUGAAGAGGACGAGGAGUCUGAGCGGGAAGAAGCCGAUCUUCGUGUUCGCCGUGAGAAGAACUCUCGCACUUGGAGCCAGGACAGCCAAAAGCAACUUCCUGUCCCUCCCGGUGUCCUCACCGAGUCGAAGAGCCGCUCCUCAUCUAAUGCUCGCCGCAGCCGGACUCCCAAGCCAUACUCUCCCACUAAGGUUCACGUGAACAACGAGAACAGCGAUCCUGCUGUUUGGAGACCACGCCAGGAGCCCCGACUGUCCCCCAAACAGGCUCCUGCUGACAAGUGGGCCGCGCUUGGGGACAAGCGGAGAAACAUUCCCGCCGAGACGGAAUCAAGCACCAAGAAGCGGUCUAUGACUACCGGGUCUCGAAAGAGACCUGCCACUACCUUUGAUACUUGGCGUCGACGAGACAGCCGAGCAAACAAACAACGUCCUGCAUUCCUUAACCAGGACUGGCGCAAGGCCCGGGCCGUCGAGUCUGAUGACGACGACCAUGAGUGGGUCGGAGGUUGGCACAACUUCCAUUUGUGA